AUGAUACUGAGAAAUACCGCGAUACGGCAUGGCCGAAAAGCACUCGCUGCACCCCUCCGCCUUCCUCAAUUCCGCACCCUCUCAACAGAGACCUCCAACCUCGAAGCCUCGAUAGACAACCACGACAAUCAAACCAAUUCUCUCGACGCCGCGGUCAAUGCCCUCCAACUCACCAGCAAAAUCAAACCUCCACACAAGAAGAAACCGCGGGAUCGAAAUGUUCCUAAUGUCGCAGCAGACUUUCAAACCUUCAACCAUAUCAAAAAGAGAACAGGCAAAAUGGGUUCCGUCAUACCUCCACAUUAUGAACCCUUUCAACUGAUCGUCAAUCCUCCGUCGCCAAAAGAUGUAACGCUGGAGCUUUUGAUGGCGAGUCAAAGUCAUUUGGGCCAUGCGACUCAACUUUGGAAUCCCGCAAAUCAGAGAUACAUUUAUGGUAUUAGACAAGGUGUGCAUAUAAUAAGUUUGGAGGAGACGGCCGCUCAUUUACGUCGUUGUGCAAAGGUUGUGGAAGGUGUGGCUUACCAUGGUGGUCUUAUUCUUUUUGUCGGCACUCGUGCCGGUCAAGAUUCGGCGAUUGUAAAAGCUGCUUCGCUUGCACAAGGAUGCCAUCUUUUCAAUCGUUGGGUGGCGGGUAGUAUCACGAAUGGCGAUCAAAUUCUCUCCAAGUGUGCUCUUAAGGCUGUGGAUCCCCUUGACAAAGAGGUAGCUGGGUACGAUGAGAAACUUAUGAGUUGGAGGCCGUUGAAACCGGAUUUGGUUGUUUGUUUGAACCCGUUGGAGAAUUAUAUCCUGUUGCAUGAGUGUGGGUUGUACAAUAUUCCGACAAUUGGUGUUAUUGAUACGGAUGCGGAUCCCACUUGGGUCACGUAUCCAAUACCGGCCAAUGAUGACAGUCUGAGAUGUAUCCAACUUAUAGCCGGUGUUCUAGGUCGUGCGGGUGAGGAGGGCCAAAGGAAACGUCUAGAAGCUGCGAAAAAUGGGAUAACUACAUGGGAACCAACAGAAGGCCUUGGUGAACCCGUGACGGAGGAGAGUAAGGCGAGGGAAGCUGCCUUGAAAGCGGAAGCCAAGAGGUUAGAAGCGAGACGGUAG